UGUUUUUCUCUUGAAAUGGCUCUUCUCACUGCGAAGCGCACGAAAAAAGAAGCUGAACCGGCUACAGACAGUUCCAACCACGAAUCGGACUCGGAAGACAGUCAGGAUGCUGACGGCGAGACAGGCGCCAACGCCGGCUGGGCAGAUUGCAUUGGAAAGGUGCUGAAGAGCAAGUCGGUGGGACCCACCGUGCUGUCCCGGGCAAAGAAGAAUCCCGGAGUCGUUCGUUCCAAAAGCAGCGAGACAGCAAAGAAGCCUGGAUUCGACUUUGAAGUCGUCGGCGGCGAUGUUAAAGAGGAGGAGAGCGAUGACGAGGAGAAUGGCGACGCUGACAGAUCUGCAUUGGACGCGCAGCUGACUAAAUCAGAGCGCAAAAAUGUGCCGCUGCAGCUGAGAGUGAAGCCCAGCUACCAGGACCUGGAGAGGGAGCGAACACUGCGGAAGGUGGCCACUCGCGGUGUCGUCCAGUUCUUCAACGCUGUGCGCAUUCAGCAGAAGGAUCUCGAGCAGCAGUUGGCUGAUGCGGGGCCACUGGACAGUCGUCAGGAUGCAGUGCUGAAUAAUAUCAACAAGAGAAAGUUCCUCGACGUGCUGAUGAGCGGCAAGCGGGCCAAAUCCACGGCCAUAGACAACGCUGUCAAGAAAGAGGAGCAGGACACGGAUGAUGAUGACGACGAGGACGAGGAUGAUGAUGACACUGCAGCGGCGUCUUCCACUGGCAAAAAGAAGUCCGAGUGGAAUGUGCUGCGAGAGGACUUUAUGACCAACAAAAAGAUCAAGCACUGGGACGAGGAGGAUGACGAGGGCAGUGAUCAGGCGGCCAAUAACGACGAGGCGGAUGACAGCGACGACGACGAUGAGGAAGAUUAGUGUUUAAUUACUUUAAUAGGCGCCUUAAUAAAUAGUAGUUUUGAUUUGUAA